CACCCAGUGGAGAUCUGUGGCAAAGACCAGAACAUUCCUGAAGACUCUGGACCUCCUCCACUUAGUAUAUAUAAACUGGGACAGUCUCACUGCUGAGACAGAAAGCAAGACAAGCAAGACCAAGAAGAAAACAGACACCUGAACAGUGUUUCAUCUCACAAGAAGAGGACUCAACACUAAACACACUGAAGAUGCUGUGCUCUCAUGGAGUCCAGUCUGCACUCAGUCCAUUCAUGGACUUCUACUGGCCUGUACGCAGUCUGUGGCCAGAGAUCAAGCCUCUGUUCUACCAGCAGGACCUCCUGCAGAGAAACCUACAGGAGCUGCGCAGCAGUCUGGAGCUGAUGGAUAAACUUCAACACAGGAUCCUGGAGGAGACAGAGCCUUUCCAAAGCAGCAUGGCUGUACAACCACUCUCCUACCAGCUGGAGAAAGAGGGAGACAAGUUUGGUCUGACGCUGGACACUCGAGGCUUUUCCCCAGAGGAGCUGUCUGUCAGGCAGGUGGGCAGGAAGCUGAGAGUCAGUGGCAAGACAGAGAAGAAGCAGGAGGACAGGAAAGGCUCGUACUCUUACAGACUGCAGGAGUUCAGACAGGAGUUUGAUCUGCCUGAAGGACUGAACCCUGAAGCCAUCACCUGCCACCUGUCUCCAGAUGGGAAGCUCCACAUCCAGGCAGCCAAAGCUCCGUGUGUUGAAGAGGCUGAGAGAGAGCUGACUAUCAAGAGGAGCUCAGAGGACAAACCACAGCAGAGUGUGUGUUCACAGGCAGAAGACAGCAGGACAGAGACACACAGCAGCACACAGGACAAACCUGAAAACAUGGACUGAGACAUAAAAUGACGCCAACUUAAAAUAGAAGUUUAUUUUCAAUGCAAAUCAUAAUUUAUUGUCCUAUGUGGGUUUUUUUUUAAUGUAAUGAUGAAUAAAAACAUUUUUUAAAGCUGAA